AUGCCUCCUCAACCUCCUCCCUCAAACACCUCUGACAAUUCAGGUCGCAGGCCUUCUGCCCCACCGCCCGGUGGCACUGUCGGGCCCGAUAUUCCUCCCAACGAGGAACAACUGUGGACAGCUAGGGAGAUGAGAAUUCUGAGAGGCAACGUUCAAAACUACAAAGACACACCGAGAUUAUCCAAAUCAGACUUUAUUUGGAAUACUAUUGUGCCGUUAAUCAAAGCCACAUGGGAUUACAAGUAUUCGGAGGUUGCAAUGAGAGCCAAUAAAGCCUUGUUCAAUGAAUGGAAAGCUAAGAAAGAUAGACUCUUUAAUUGGUUUGCUAACCAUGCCUCAACCCCUCAAAAUGCCAAGUUGGAUGGUAUUCAUGGACAAGCAACCUUUCAAAGUGUUUUUUGGGAGAAAAAGGCAGCCAAAAUUGAAGAAGAAGUGCAGCUUUUAUCGGGAAAUGCACGAUGGGGUAGCCCUCAAUGGAUUAAGUUUUAUCAGCAGGCAAGAAAGCAAGUUGAAUCUAGGCUUAUUAUGAAGGAGAGAGAGGAAUAUGCUCAAAUAUUAGAGGAGUGGAAAAAGAAGGGUUUCUCCAAGACUUUAAAAGCAAAGACCGCAAAACGACAAGGAAAGAAGAUUCUUCACCAAAUGGAUCGAAUAAAGUGGCUGAGGAUGGGGAUGAGAUCCAUUACAUUUGAAGGCCAUUAUGAUCUUGAUGGAAAAAUUGAAUACUCAAUGACACAAACACACAAUCUAGGGUUGGAUGACCCUCGCGUUCCUUCAUUUGGACAACUAUUUACAGAUGAAUUAAAGUCGUUCAGAAGGGCGUUUGUAAAAUAUCUUGUCAAGGUUUCAGAGAUUGAAAACGGAGUAUUAAUUCCCGCCGUCCCCGCAGGCACUUUUCUUGAAAAGGAUUUGAAGUUCAAUAGCAAUGGAUUUCUGUUGAAUCUAUAUGAACUGAGUGUAUGCCUUGGCAAAAAAUAA